GACACCUCUGCCCAUACCUCGCCAUAUUACAUAACGUAACACCAGCAAUACCACUAUAACUAAGAUCUCGAGAUGGAAAACGAUGAUAACGCCAUUGCCCAAGCUCGGUCUAUCCUCGGUCCGACUAAAGACGCAGAAUUCUUGCAAAGCUUCGUCAGGGUCGGAGUAGGCGAUGAUGAAGAUGAGAUACCAGCCCCCAAAGCUCCAAUUAGUAAGAGGACUUCAUCAUCCGCGGAAAAAGUUCGGGUGCCAGAAGCAGAAGAAGAGAGAUCUUCGGCGAAAGAAAAGGUAGUAACCAUCAAGCCUCGAAAGAAGAAAGAACGGAAGCAACGUGAGAGAAGGCGUCGUGAGGAAGAAGUUUAUACCGACAAAGACCGCGCCGCAGCUGUGGUGAUGGGCUCUAAAGACAUAAAGUUGUCUCUGAACAUGAAAGAUAAGGCGGAGAGGAGCAGUGCCCUUCAGUUACCCGAGGAAGCUGAUGCUGGUACUCUCUUGGCGUUAUCUAGGGCAGAGAUAAUGAGGGAAAGGUACCGGAAUGCUGUGACAUUCGUUGACAAGGCUAUUGAAUUGGCGCCAGAAGAGAAAGCAGCAUAUGUCGCUCGCAGUAAAUGCUACCCUCUGGGCGAACCUCGAUUGGCUCUGGCAGACGCCGAAACGGCUCUGAAUUUGGAUCCGAAACACGCGAAGGCAUUGCUUCAGAAGGCAGAAGCGCUGUACUAUUGCGGGGAGUUUGAAUUGAGUCUAGUACACUUCCACAGAGGACUGCGAGCGAGGCCCGAUUUAAGUGACUUCCGGUUGGGAGUUCAGAAAGCACAGGAGGCAAUUGAAAAUACAAUUGGAUCCGUGAAGCCAGUAUUCAACAAGCCAGUCAAACGGACGAAUAGUAAGCCACCGCGACCUGCGUUAGGCCAACUGAUGUCCGACAAGUUGUAUCUGGAAAACCUACUUAAGAACCCUGAUCUUGCGAUUGCGGAUAAAAAGAAUGGCAUUGUAAUGAAACAAGCCGAAGAAGCCAUUCGAUUUUUGGAGAACAGAGAAGAUGUAUAUUCACUAUAG